AUCUAAUAAAAAUAAAAAAAUAAACAUGAAUAUGGACGAUGUAUUUAAGGACCUUGAGAAGCACGGAAAGACUGAUGUGGAUCACUUGGUACAAUGGAUGAAAGACUCAAAACUGAUAGAUGCAACCAAAGAACAGGAGAUGAAGGCUCGUAAGCUGUUCCUGGAUGUUCAUGAUGCACAUCGCGUAGAACUGAACAAGUUCAAAGAGGUGAUCGAGAAACUAGCAGCUGAGCAGAAGAAGACAGUGGAACAACUGAGCAAGCAGCUCGCGGCCGAGGGUCCACGGUUCGUGAACGCUGCGAUGGCGGGACUCGCCGCCUUCACCGAGGCUUUGAAAGGCAAAUAGAUUGUGCUAAUAAAAAUUAUCCGUUGGAA